GAUUUGGGAUAAAAUAAAUGCAAAGAUUAAAACCAAAUAUGUACUACAAUUUUGGGAAAUUCUGCAAAUAAAUUCGCUUAACAUGUAUUAGUGUGCAUUGUUUUGGCCGAAUAAAAGCAACGUUAUGUGAUUACGAAGGCUGGUCUCGCGAUCAUACCAAUCUGAUAGGCCUACCAACGCGAUCUUGUGGUUACAGUUUUUAUUUUCAAAAGUUGGACAUCGCGUCCAGAAUAAAACGACAAGUUCCAAGGCUCAUUGCUUGGGUUACGGAAGUAUUUGUAAAGCUGCUCAUUUCAACGGUUGCCAUCUGAGAGGAAACUAGGCAUAGCUACAUAUACACCUCUGCUAGUCUCCAGAGCAUAUCUCUGUAGUCUCUUUUGUUAUGUACAUGAUAGCAACGUUUUUGGUGGGAUAUUUUAAUGUGAUAUUUUAAUGUGAAGCUAGCUAGCUACAUCAAGAACACACACAUACGUUCACAAGUUAUCCAUGAAGCCACUGUUGGAUUCUGAUGAGGAGGAAGAAGAGUUGGGAGCAUAUCAAAAGAAACUCAGAGAGAGAGCAAACCGCAGCAUCCAGCAGCUCAGCAGUGCUCUGGAAGAGCCCAGCUCAGAUGCAGAGGGCAUGGAACCAGGCAGGGCUGGAGACACAGACAGCAUGACUGGAGAGGACUCAUGGAACCAAAGGCAACAGAGUGAAGCUGUAAAUCAGCUGCGAUCACUCCUGCAAAAGCAGCAAAAAGAGACACUUUCACUCACUUCUCCUUCAAAGAGAAAAUCUUCUCCAAAGAGGUGUCAAGAUGAUGUGAGCUCUAGCAUGCCUGCCGUUAAAGACCUGGUCCCCAUUCUCCACAACCAGUCAGAGUACAUCCAGCACCUGGAGGCUGAGGUCAAGUUCUGCAAGGAGGAGCUUCUGGGGAUGAAACAGAGGAUAAGGGUGGUGGUGGUAGAGAAUGAGAAACUACAUGGAGAGAUCAAGUCCAAACUGGUGGAAGACACCCUGAAAGACUACACUCUCUUAGAUGGCACGGUGAAUUCCGAGCCGCCCAGGGAAGACAGUCCUCAAAGAACAGCUUUCAUACCAGCUCAUAUUGUCUUUCAACAAGCAGAGGAACACAAAUGGAAGAAAGAACUGGAGCAGCUCAAAUCCCUCUAUCUAGCCCAGACAGAGACACUGGAAGCUCAAGUAAGGUCACUGAACAAGAACCUGGCCAGCAGUCAGAAGGAGUGUGAAGAAGUCAAAGGUCGUCUGAGACAUAAGGAAGCGAUGGCAGCGGCGGGCAGUGCCAAGAAGUGCGUAGGCGGCCUCUGUCUGAAGUGUGCCCAGAAUGAGGCCGUGCUGGCAGAGACACACUCCAACAUGCACAUCCAGGCCAUUGAGAGACUCACCAAAGAGCGUGAUGAGCUGAUGAGUGUGCUGUGCUCUUUGAGGGCCAGUCAGAGCGAGGCCCAGCAGAGAGAGUGGGCAGCCUACCAGCAGGUCAAACAGGCUGUAGAGAUGGCUGAGGAGGCCAACCUGGAGAAGACCAGGGCGGUGGUGCAGUGUGAGGCAUUUGCCAGGGAGCUAGCCAGACAGAGAGAUAGGCUGGAGACUGAGAUGGCUGCAGAGCAGGAGAAAAUCUCUGAGGCCAGAGAGGGGGUACGCAACGAGGCCCUGAAGGAGAAGGAGACACUGGCCCAAACGGUGGCCAGCCUAUCCCAGAGGGUAGCAGAGCUGGAGGGUCAACUGGCCAGGGGGGAAAGAGAGAGGGGCUCCCUGAGCACUCAGCUGGAUGAGACCCUACGCAAACUCACAUCACAGGAGCAGGACACCAGCAAGGUGUGUGGGGAGCUGCGUUACCGGCUCAGCCAGGCUCAGCUGAAGAGAGAGGAGGUAGAGAGGGAGCUCCGAGACUGCAGCUCCAAGACAACACGGCAGCUAGAGAUGACUGAACAGGAAGUGGAGAAGCUGGGUGUGGAGCUGAGCGUCUGCCGGCAGCAUUUGGACCAGGCCCAGAGGGACGCGGGCCGACUGCAGGCGGAGGCUCUGAGCCUGACGGAGCGGCUGGGCCGAGCUGAGCACCAACUGCACCUCACCAGGCAGGAGAAGGAGAGUGCGGAGCGCUGCCGGGGCGAGGACAUGGAUGCUCUGACCUUCUCUGCACAGCAGCGCGAGCAGGAGCUGACACAGAGGCUCCAGCAAAUGGAGGCGCAGCACGAGCGGAGCGUGGGUGAGCUGGAGGCCCUCCUCAGCUCCCAGAAUGCCCUGAUAGGGAAACUGAAGGAUGAAUGUCUCAGUCUGGGGACCAAGCUGGAGACGCUGACAGAGACUAGCAGGAGUGAGGUGGAGCAGCUCUCCCUGGAGAAGGAUCAUCUGGAAGAGAGUGUUGGGAAGCUGAGAGCUCGCUGUACAGAGAUGGAGGAGCAGUGUGUACAACAUGGGAGGAUGCACCAGCGCAUGAAGAACAGACUGCAGCAGUUGGACCAGCACAGUCAGUCCAGUGCCCAGCAGGUGAUGGAGCUGCUUGCCAAACAGAACCUGUUGAUGCAGGAGCGCCACCUCCUCACUGAAGAGAUGCAGAACCUACGCAUACAGUUACCUGCUGGUUCUAGGAGGCCUGACACCCUGUCCACAUGACAUCCUCUUCAUCUUGACUGAAGCACAGUGACAGUAAAAAUCUGUCGUUCUGCCCCUGAGAAAGGCAGUUUUAACCCACUGUUCCCCGGGCGCCGUGGAUGUUAAGGC